AUGUUCGCUCGUACUUUCAUCCUGCUCACCCUUGGUGCCCUUGCCUCGGCUCAGACUCUUGAGGGCUUCCCCGAGAGCAUUUCUUGCAAGCAAAGCUCUGGUGGCAACGCCAGCGUCUCCAAAGCCGAGAUGAAGUCGGCCAUUGUUGGCCCUAAGGGAAACUUGGAAGACAACUCUGCCGCCAACGUCGCCUCUGGGAAAUGCUCAAGCCUUUCUGGAAUUCCGCUCUACACGGUCGGUGCUGCUAGUAAAGCAAACGUUGGAUUCGCCUAUGACAAGGCCAAGGACACAUACCACUUUUGUUUCGCUCAGGGGGCUGUUGAUGACGCGACUGGAUACCCUUCUCAAUGCACCUAA